CGAAUGAAGCCUUACGCAAAGCUGACGCGGGCCUGACGACAUUCAGACCGGCUGGCCGCCGGAACUUAACCUCCCAAUCUUUAAAAGCGCCUUUUCACCCCCAACCUCUAGCAGUCGCCGGCGGAGUUACAUAGACGGCGGAAAAGAGCAUGAUUCCGUUCACUGAAGGCACCAGCUAGUGCUACAACGAGGAAGAUUACUCGGCCGAAAAUGAAAUCCCAGCGGUCGGUUCUUCUGUCCUCGCCGGAGAAUCCACCGUCGUCGUGCGACAAAUUCAAGACCCUCGGCAGUCCAUCUCCUCGCCGAGUAAACAAGUUGGAAGAAUCCUCUAUCAAAUUUGGACGACGAAAAAGCUUCCUCAGCUCAUUGGAACGUACUUUAUCACAGAAUAACAAGCUUCUGAAUGAUUUGACGUUGAAGAAAGUCGAUGGUGGAACUGAGGCGGUACUGCCAUCCAGAGAGAGGUGCAAAGCACUUCCAAAGCUCUUUAACGCGAUAACCCAGACGAUUCUGAUUUCCAAAGCUUGACAACCCUCGAAGCUACUUCUUUUAUUGCAACAUUUGUUGGUGUACAAGUCAGUGUCCUGCAUUUCAUUUUCAAAAGGGAAACUAACAAUGUGCUUACAGUUUUGGUCUUCCCAGUACCAGGAGGACCCUUAAUAAGUUCCAAACCAGCGCUAUGCCUGCAUCGAGCUCUUCCAAGGCAAGCGAGAACUGCCCCUCUUUGAGACUCAUUCAAGGCAGUAGAAUCUAUAUUCUCACAAUUUCUAUUCACCUGCUGCUCAUAACUACAAAGACGACAACUUUCCUUGUCCUGCAAGAAACCCAGUUCGUUUUAAGCAAAAGAAUAGACACUUAACAGACUAAAGUAUUAAUUAGCCAUCAGUAGUGGAAUGAAUCCCUUACAAAAGUUU